AUGGCUACAGGAAAACCAACUUUUCCAGGAAUUUUGGACCCACAAGAUAUGAAAGAAGAAAAGGGUUUGAGCACGUUUGAGCUGGAUAUAUCCAGUAUAUGGGUGCCAUCAAUCAUUACACCUAAAGGUUCAGAGAAUGGCCUUUUAAGUUUCCCAAAUAAGGCUUUUGUGAAAUCAUCCGGGCAGUUUUUGAUCAACAAUCCGGACAAAAUGUCGACCAGCUGUUAUUUGAACCUGGACCGUUAUCCUUUCGAUGUCCACAACUGCACCAUACCCUUCGUCUUGAUGGACUACGGCAUCAACCCGCUGGUCGGCGAAGAUGUCUACCACCAGCUUGAAAAGUUCUUCCACACCAGCGCGGAAUGGCGGCUCCUGGGGUUUGGUUGUUUGGUGGUUGAGACCCCCAACUACACCGACCCCCCUAUAUUCCACACGCCCAACUACACCGACCCCCCUAUAUUCAAGACCCCCAACUACACCGACCCCCCUAUAUUCCAGACCCCCAACUACACUGACCCCCCUAUAUUCCAGACCCCCAACUACAACUACACCGACCCCCCUAUAUUCCAGACCCCCAACUACACCGACCCCCCUAUAUUCCAGACCCCCAACUACAACUACACUGAGUGCUGGUUCUCCAUGGAGCGCCGCAGCAUCUUCUACGUCGCCUCCCUCCUCGUCCCCGUCAUCCUCAUCUCCACCAUGACCGACCUCGUCUUCUGCAUCCCUGCUGAGUCGGGCGAGAAAAUCUCUUACGUCAUCUCCAUCUUCCUCUCCAUGACCGUCUUCGUCAACUUCCUAGUCGAGUUCGUACCCCGAAGCAUGGGGAAACUACCCCGCAUCAUGCAGCUUAUCACGGCUGUUAUGGUGAAAAUAGCUCUAAUCGCCAUGGCAACGAUAUUCGUUUUAAACGUGUAUAAAAAGAAGAGAAAUAAACAAAUUAAUAGGAAACAGUAUACGAAUUCAGUGAUGAAUGAAGCGAAUCCAUUGUUGUCUAGAUCUGUGAAUAGCUUGGAGAAAAUGUCAGAGGCGUCUUAUAAAAGUGGAUCAAGUUCCAAACGAUGUGGGAAGCAGACGGCGGUUUUAAAUUGUGGUGCUCGAGAGCCUCAUGAGACUUUGGAUGUGUACUUUUUCGUGGUGUUUGUUUUGGUUGAUGUUGCUAUAUACACGUUUGUACUGGUGUGA